AUGUUCGAUAAGAGGGCGCGAAAGGGCGAGUUCAUAUCUACUCCAUCCGACUGCCUCUACCGCGAAUGGGGCAACCGAGACUCGCGCCUAUCUUGUGGGCUGCACCGCGCUACGAAGAAGCCUAAAAAGGACAAAAAAGAUGAUGAUGACGAUGAUGAUGAUGACGAUGACGAUGAUGACGAUGACGAGAACGAUGACAACAACGAUAACAAUGACAGACUACUCGGUAAGUCAACAAACUGUUAA